AAGACAGAAGUUGGAGACCCACUCGCUCAUAGUUGAACAUGGCAGGGGAUGUAAAAAGAUUCACACGCAUGCUGCUGGAAUGCAACAGUAAUGACAAGCUGUGUGUUGUACGUGAAUAUCAGACUGAAGUGAUUGUUGUCCCAGUUCUCCUUGUGGGUGUUUUUGUCAUCAUGCUAACUGUGAUCCUUUGGCUCCACUGCCGAGGCUUGCGAGCCAAGCAGGAGCAAUCUGGACACCAAGUGAGUGACAAGAAUCAGCAGGAAUACAGCUCAACAGAGAGCCGCUAUAUCCAGCUGAGUGAGAUGUCUGUGGAAAGCCUGCUAAAUUCUGCGUCCUUGACUCUGAAAGAACUGGAGAUACCACGAGAGAAACUCUUACCAGGCACUUGGCUGCUGAUAAAACAUGGUCGCUAUGGGAGCAUCUACAGAGCACAGCUGGAAAUUGGGAACCCCGGGAAGACUAAGACAGUAGUACUAAAAGUCUUACAAGACCUGGGUAGUCCCCAGAAAGUAAAGGAUUUCCUGGGAAGGAUUAAAUUCCAUCAAAAUCUUGGCCAUCAUGAGAACCUGGUUGAAUUGGUUGGAUGCUGUGUAGCUCAGCUCCCACUUUAUAUGAUCAUGGAAGAUGUCUCUCUUGGUGACCUUUUGACAUUUUUAUGGACAUGUCGGAAGGAUGUGAUGACAAUGGAUGGUGUUCCCUAUGACUUCACUGAGAGACAAGUAUACGAAGUUGGACAGCAGGUUGCAGCAGCUCUGGCUUAUCUUGAACAGAAGAAAUUGUUCCAUGGUGACAUUGCUGCCAGGAAUGUCCUCCUUCAUUGCAACUUCACUGCUAAGCUCUGUGGUUUUGGUCUGGCCUAUGAAACUCACACAUAUGGUGUCAACUCAGUCACAAAGAUUGUGCCAGUCAAGUGGCAGGCACCAGAGCGGCUCCUGAAGAAACCCCCCAGCAUCAAGGCAGACAUAUGGUCUUUUGGAAUUCUACUGUAUGAAAUGAUUACGUUAGGUGCUCCACCAUAUCCUGAGGUGCCACCUUCUGACAUUUUACCAUACCUUCAGAGAGAGAACAUAAUGAAACAGCCCUCAAGCUGCCAGCAAGCCAUGUACAGCAUCAUGAAGUCCUGCUGGCAGUGGAAUGCAACUAACCGGCCUUCUCCAGCAGACCUGAUGUGGUCCCUACAAACAGCGAUGAAGAACAGCAACAAUCAUACAGUACUGCAGGUGCCUGAGCUGGUGGUGCCUGAACUCUAUGCUAAUAUUGCGGGUGUUGAUGUACUCAAUCUAGUGAGGGAAUACACUAUACUCUGAAGGAGCUUGAUACAUGUUGGUAUAAGAGAAUUCUUUGAGUCUGCCCUUUCUAGAUGCUUUGCAAGCUCAGGAUAAGGUGUGUAUGUUGGGAGGAAUCCCUUUGUUUUUCGAACAUGUUAUAUAUAUGCGAUCUCUCCUCCAUUCCAGAAACAACAAACUCUUUUCAUUAUUAUUAUGAA